AACAAGGCAAACCCACAAGCUGAGCUACAGUUCACUUUGUUAAGAGUACAAUACACCGUAGCGGUUGACUGACCUUGUGUUUGCUGAUAACAAUGGCCUCCAGGACUCCAGUUCGCUUAGACCCAGCAACAGGUAAAAAGAUUCCACCGCCUGUUUCGCCGAAGCCUGUCAGAAUGACAGCCACACGGUUAACGAAGGCGAAUUCCAGACCGCCACCACCAUCGCUUCAGUCUUCAGGUGGAAUGAAAAGCACUGAAGAAGAACUUGAUGCACUGACUGAUCUUCUUGUGAAAAAUUUGGAGAAUACAGGCGAUCCAGAUUUUUUCGGAAUCUGCAGUAAGUGUGGGCAGAAAGUCUCAGGAGAGGGGACAGGUUGUACUGCUAUGGACAAAUUAUUCCACAUCAAGUGCUUCCUCUGUGUCAAAUGUGGAUGUCAGCUUACUGGACAGGUCUUUUACAAGGUGGAAGAGGAGGUGUUUUGUGAGGCAGACUAUCUAGAUACUCUAGAAACCUGCUGGGUUUGUAACAACCGUAUCACUGAAAGGAUUUUACGAGCUACUGGAAAGUGUUUUCAUCCAGACUGUUUUGUGUGUGAAUUUUGUGGAAAAAAACUUGAUGGAGUACAAUUCACCGUGGACAACUUUAAUAAAAUCCACUGCAUUGAGGACUACUAUAGGAAGUACUCUCCAAGAUGUGCAGCUUGCAGUCAACUUAUAAUCCCUGAAGAGGGUCAAGAGGAAACAGUUCGUAUCGUCUCAAUGAAUAAGGACUUCCAUGUCAAGUGUUAUGUUUGUGAGGACUGCAAUGCCCCAUUAUCAGCAGAAAAGGGUGGCACUGGCUGCUAUCCUUUGGACAAUCACCUUCUAUGUCAAGACUGCAAUGCAGUCCGUGUUCAGAAGAUGACAGCUGAACUAGAUUAUAGGCCAGCAAGGCCUUUAACAACUGAACUAUAAGAUCUGUGUGGUUACCAACAAGUAGAAGCUGACUUUACAAAUCAUUAGUUAUGUUACUAUGACAAUUACCUGUCUCUACUUCAUUGUUAAUUGUGAAUAGUUUUCAGAAAUUCCUUGUGUCUAGUGACAAGAAACAUGGUUGCAGAGAAGUUUUUGUUAACAUUUUUCAAACAUUCUUCUGACUUUGAAAUUAGCACCAAGUCAAUUGUCAUUUAGACUGUUUUUAUAAAUAAGUAUAUGUGUGAUUCAUUGUCUAAAAGGUUGUAGGGAAAAGUCUUGUUUCAGGUAACAAAUAAAGCAAUUAUAGUCACUUGUUUAGGGA